CUACGUCAGCCCCUCCACAACAACAGGCAGUAUGGCGGCCAGCUCAGACCGGAGUCCUCCUCCUCUCCCCGCGGCCGAGGAGCCAGAAGCCGGGGCCACCGACAGCGACGAAGGAGAGGACAUCUUCGUCAAUAACAGUAACCCUGUGGCUGUGAGUCGAGGAGUUUCUCAGCCAGACUGUGUCGGUGAACAGCCUCCGGAUCUGUUCAGUGAAGAGCAGGCCAGCAACACUAAUACCAAAGCCAACGGAGUUCACUCUGAUGAUGACAACGACCUGUUUGCUGAUGCACACGUGGAGCUGAGCACAGACAAGUCUGGUAGCUCUGGAAGGAAGGAACUCUCCACUUCCUCUGGCCCUUGUCCUGCCUCCUCGGUCGCUCAGAGCCCUGCACCCAUGCAGGCCACCUCCAUGGAGCAGCUCGAGGAGGAAGAAGCAGAGGAUAGUUUUGAUUUGGAUGUUGCUGUCACCAACCCUGAGAAAGUUGGGGAUGGCAUGAAUGCGUAUGUGGCCUACAAAGUGUCCACCAGGACUUCCUUGGCCAUGUUCAGUAGUAAAACCUUCUCUGUGAGGAGGCGAUUUAGUGACUUCCUGGGUCUUUAUGAGAAGCUGUCAGUCAAGCAGUCGCACCAUGGUUGCAUCAUUCCACCACCACCCGAGAAAAAUGUUGUAGGAAUGACCAAGAUGAAGGUGGGAAUGGAUGAUCCGUCAUCAGGCGAGUUUGUGGAGAGAAGAAGAGCAGCUCUGGAGAGAUAUCUUCAGAGAAUCGUCUGUCACCCAUCGUUAAUACAAGAUCCUGAUGUCCGUGCGUUCUUGGAGAGAGAAGAUCUUCCCAGGGCUGUGAACACCCAGGCGCUGAGCGGAGCUGGCUUCCUCAAAAUGAUCAGCAAGGCAUCAGAUGCUGUCAACAAGAUGACCAUCAAGAUGAAUGAGUCCGACACUUGGUUUGAGGACAAGUUCCAGGAGGUGGAGAAUGAGGAGCAGCAGUUGAGGAAGCUUCAUGCCGUGGUCGACUCCCUGGUCAAUCACAGGAAGGAGCUGUGUGGGAACACAGCAGUAUUCGCCAAAAGUAUGGCCAUGCUGGGGAACUCUGAGGACAACACAGCCCUGUCCCGGGCCCUGUCCCAGCUGGCAGAGGUGGAGGACAAGAUGGAGCAGCUGCAUCAGGAGCAGGCAGCCAGUGACUUCUUCAUCUUUGCAGAGCUGCUGGCCGACUACAUCCGCCUGCUGGGUACUGUGCGGGCCUGUUUUGACCAGCGAAUGCGGGCGUGGCAAAGAUGGCAGGAGGCUCAGAGCACGCUUCAGAAGAAGAGAGAGUCCGAGGCCAAGCUGCUGUGGGCCAACAAGCCUGACAAGCUGCAGCAGGCCAAAGAAGAGAUCACUGAGUGGGAGUCGAGGGUCACUCAGUUCGAGAGAGACUUUGACAGGAUUGGCAUGACAGUACGCAAGGAGGUUCUCAGGUUUGAGAAAGAAAAAGCAAAGGAUUUCAAGAGCCAGAUAGUCCGAUAUCUGGAGGCCAUGCUGCAUUCUCAACAUCGGCUUAUUAAGUUUUGGGAGGCGUUCCUGCCUGAGGCAAAGGCGAUCGCUUAAUGAAGAGAGACUUUUUAAAGACCUUAAAUGCCUUUUUGAAACACUUUACCUCUUGACCAGCAAGUGAGAGGACAUUUUUGAAACAUACAAGAUACUUCCAUCCAUUUUUUUUUUGUCUGUUUAGUUGAUAUAUUAAGCUGCUGCAAUUACAUUAAGAUUUUCUUUUCUCUGUUUAUGUUCUUGACUUAAAGAUGGUAAAUAGCAGGAAGGUUAACCUGGCUGUUGUAUUGAGAAAAAAAAAAAUACAUGCUUGAACCUUGAGGUAACAUGCUUUAACACUGAGGUACUGCCUAGAUUAACAUUGUCUAUAGUUUACAUUAGAAGGUAGACGUAUGCAAAUCAUUCCAAUCUCUAACAGCUUACGUUGAUGGACGCAUGUCGGAUUUUAAAAAGCACUAAAAUGUAUUGUACAGUUGGAGAAGCUGUUUGUUUUUCUUUUGUUUUUCUCAUGAAAUACCACUAUUGAUGACUGAGGUCCAGGAGUAUUAGCACAUUGUUACAGUGUAUCACACAUAUUGGAUCAUAGGAAUCAUAUUCAAACUCCAAUGUGACAAGGUUACAGGCUUGUCCAAGUUGUUCUGUAACGAUAGAGGAAAUGUAAGGUUACAGCGAGAGCAAGUUAAGAGAAUGCAAUCACACUUUAUAUGAUGAUGUGUUUAUUAUAUUAAUCUGUUUCUUUCACAACAGUUUAAAGUUCUUAAAUUCUUUUGUGUCGGAGGUUGAGACCCAGAGGAAUUAAUUUGGAACCACUGCAGAGAUUGUUUACUGCCCGUGUGAAUGACUCUCGACAUGUAUGUACACAUGUACACUACUUGAAUCAAAUCAUACAAACUCUGUCAGAAGUCGUUUGUAACCAUACUUUUUUUGAUAAAUUUGUGUAACCAUGACAGAAAGGCACUGACAUUCAAGUGAUUACAGGCCCUUAUUUUCUUAUUCAGCAUUUGUAAUUGUCGUUUUUCUGUCAUGUCAUAUUUCUGUAAGAAUGUGCUUUAUUUUUGUAACCACUUUGCAUUGGCACAUACAUUUUCCUGGAAACACUAAACAGGUAGAUGUACAAAAUAAAAUAUGAUUGGAUAAGCUCUG